AUGGAAGGAAGGAAGAAGAGUCGAUCCGGGAAGCGGUCGAAGAUCGCUGUAGAGUCUCAUGAGGCGCAGGACCUCAUGCGAGCCUUCGUGGCUCGCGCGCUGGCAGACAAGACCACGGAGGCGUCCAGUGAGGCGUACACGCAGCUCACGGAGCAGAUAGAACGCUACGCGCAGCUCACUCACAACAACACCGCCACCGAGGAGGACGUCGCGACCCUCUCGGGCCUCCUCGACGCCCUCGGCGCCAGCGCGGCGGCCCUCUGCCCCCGACGCCACGCCCGCCUCCUCACGUCCGUCCUCGGCCUCCGCGUCUGGUGCGGCUACGCCGCCCUCCGCUCCGCCUGGUUCGCCCUCGUCGGGCACCUCGCCAUCGCCAACGGACCCCUCCUCCCGGCCUGCACAACCCGCCUUGUGGACAUCUUCCUCCCAUUUCGCGAUCGCCCGGUCCCGGGCGCCACCGCGGGGCCGUGGAACCCGAACCCCGAGUUCCUCAAGCUCCAGGACGAGGUCGUCGACGCGCUGACGGGCAUCUUGGCGCGUGCGCCGACCAGCGGGACCAUGGUGUCGCGCGCGGCCGUGAGCGCCAUCCCGCAGCAGGGCUGCGCGGGCGGCGGGCGCGAGGGCGCGUGCCUGCACCUGCGCGCCAUGCUGCGCGUCGCGGCGUCGCCCGCGGCGACCGAGGCCACGCGCACGGCGCUCAUCGAGGGCGCGGUGAGCGCCCUCCUGACGUGCGACGUCGCCAUCCGCUGGGAGGACAUCGUGGAGGUCCCCCGGGGGAGUGCCGGCGCGGCGGAGCCCGCGGACGAGGACGACGACGCGCUCGCGGAGGAGACGGAGGGCGAGAAGGAGGGCGACGACAUCUUCGAGCUGGAGGGCACCAGCGCCGCCGAGGCCGUGGCGCAGCAGGUGCGCGCGGGGGAGGCGGCGGCGCGCGCGGUGGCGGCGGGCGGGUGGGAGGGCGCGGAGCAGCUCACGUGCACGCUCGGCGCGGACGGCCGCCCGCGCGUCGACGAGGCAGUCGAGAAGAUGGACUCUUUGAUGGAGCUCUUCUUAGACUACUUGCAUCAGAGCCUGCCGGCGCGCGAGGGGGGCGCGGCGGCGGCGGGCGACCCGGCGGGCGUCUGGCCGGCGCUGGAGCGCGCGUUCUUCCACCAGCUGCUGCCGACGCACCGCUCGAAGUUCACGCAGUUCCUGGUGUUUUUCGCGGCGGGGCGGCUGCCGUACGAGGCGCCGCGGCGGCUCGUGGCGGGGCUGCUCGCGGGGCUCCGGGACCCCUCGAAGGCGCCCGUGACGCGCGUCGCGUGCGCGGCGUACCUCGCGUCGUUCCUCGCGCGCGCGGCGUACGUGCCGGAGGUGCUGGUGGUCGAGGCGCUCGAGGGCGUGGUGGCCUUCUGCGAGGAGUACCUGCGCGCGCAGGGCAGCGGGAGCAACGCCGUGGCGCCCGUGCUGGGCGGGGCGGCGGCGGCGGCCGCCGCCGCGGACGAGGCGGACGCGGAGUGCAUGCGGCGGCAUCAGGUGCUGUUCGCGGCGGUGCAGGGCACGCUGUACGUGCUGUGCUACCACAUGGAGCCGCUGCUGGGGCGCGGGCACGUCGCGACGCCGGCGAUGCGGACGGCGGACGCGGGCGCGGCGGUCGCGAAGACGGAAGUGGCUGCGCGGCUGCGCGCGCUGGUGGAGGGGGGGGUGGCACGGGUGCUGGCGCAUCCGCUCGCGCCGCUCGAGCGGUGCUUGCCCUCGGUCGCGGGGGAGUUCCGCGUGCAGGCGGCCGCGCUGGACCUCGUGCCGGGGAUCCUCACCGACCCCCUGACUCACUUCCACCUGGCGCGGGCCAACUCGAACCGGGGGGGACUAUUGUCCGGCGGCGGGCGCGUCCGGCGCGCGCUGGAGAUGUUCUUCCCGUUCGACCCGUACCUCCUGCGGCGCUCCGCGCGCCCGCUGUGCCUCGGGGAGACGUACGUGCGGUGGCGCGGAGGACACCCCCGGGGGGAGCGAGGCGUCGACUCCCCCGAGGAGUCCGCCGGGGUGCUGGCCUCGGCCGUGCGCGAGUCCGGCGACGCUCCGCCGGGGGUGUUUGGCGGUCACACCCCCCUGGGAGCGACGCCGCCGGCGGCGGCGCUGAUGCGGGGCCACAGCCCGCCGAGCGUGGACUACUCGCGCAGCAUAGAUAGCGCGGGGCUGGGGAGCACGCCGCACGGCGCCAGCGUGGGCGGCGGCGGGCUGGCCUGGGGUGCGGCGGUGGCGCGGAUGCCCUGA